GCGCCGCGCGCCGGCCGCCUGAGGUGCCUUGGGAGGCGGCGGCGGCGGGAGGUGACCCGGGACGGGCCCGCGGCCGCCACCCCCACCGCCCCGGCAGGCUCGGGGGCCUUCUCCGGACCGGCCCGGACCCGGCCCGGCCUGGCCCGUCAUGGCGGGGCCGCGGGGGGGGCGGCCGGCGCGGCUCUCCGCCCGGGCUGAUGGCGGUGGGUGCUGCUGGGCGCUGCCCACCUUGCUGCUGUGCGCCUACGGCUUCUUCUGUAGCGUGCGGCCCUCGGAGCCUUUCCUUACCCCCUACCUCCUGGGACCGUACAAAAACCUCUCCGAGACCGAGGUGUUUAACGAGAUUUACCCGGUGUGGACUUAUUCCUACCUGGCACUGCUGUUCCCGGUGUUCCUGGCCACGGAUUACCUGCGGUACAAGCCCGUGGUCCUGCUGCAGGGCCUGAGCCUCAUCGUCACCUGGUUCAUGCUGCUGUACGCCCAGGGGCUGCGGGCCAUCCAGUUCCUCGAGUUCUUCUACGGGAUGGGGACUGCCACCGACAUUGCCUAUUACUCCUAUAUCUACAGCGUCGUCGAUGUUAACCUCUACCAGAAGGUCACCAGCUACUGCCGGAGCGCCACCCUGGUGGGCUACACGGUGGGCUCGGUGUCCGGGCAGGUCCUUGUGUCGGUGGCAGGAUGGUCCCUGUUCAGUUUGAAUGUUAUCACCUUAACCAGCAUAUCCAUUGCCUUUGGCACGGCGUGGUUCCUGCCGAUGCCACAAAAAAGCCUUUUCUUUCACCACGUCUCAAAUCAGCAGCUCAGCUUGGAAAUAAAAGUCAUGGACUGUAAAAAUGGAUCGGCUGUCCAGGAUCAUCCCAACGUGCAGAGGGCACCUGGCUGGGAGGAUGAGACAAAAGUUCCCUUAAAUGGGGAGGAUCAUUCAGCAGAGAAACAGGUGACUUGUGCCUUACAUAAGCAGAAGUCUAUGCAGAAGCAGAAAGUAGACAUUGUAAAAGUGCUCAAAGAUCUCUGGCAGGACUUCCUGCAGUGCUACUCCUCCCAGAACAUGCUCUGCUGGUCAGUGUGGUGGGCAUUGUCCACCUGCGGCUACUUCCAGGUCAUCAACUACGCUCAGGGCCUGUGGGAGAUGGUGCUGCCUUCUCACAGCACGGAUAUCUACAAUGGUGCCGUGGAGGCGGCCUCAACACUGCUAGGAGCUGUUGCAGUAUUUGCCGUGGGUCACAUAAAAACAUCCUGGGCAAUGUGGGGUGAAGUGGCACUUGCCAUGUUCUCCUUUCUUAUUGCUGCUGCUGUAUACAUCAUGGACACUGUUCGCAACAUUUGGGUGUGCUAUGCAUCAUAUGUUGUCUUCAGAAUUAUCUACAUGCUGCUAAUUACAAUAGCAACGUUCCAGAUCGCUACAAAUCUCAGUGUGGAACGAUAUGCCCUGGUGUUUGGGGUCAAUACUUUCAUUGCCUUAGCACUUCAAACUCUGCUCACUCUGAUUGUUGUGGAUGCCAGUGGGCUUGGGUUGGACAUCUUCACCCAGUUUAUGAUUUAUGCCUCCUACUUUGCAGCCAUCUCCGUGGUGUUCUUGGUCAGUGGCAUAUACAGUAUUAUUAAAGCUUACAGAAGACAAGAGCAGAGGCAAAGCAGAUCUUCUGAAAGCCAGUAGUGCGCCAAGUGAAGACUCUCAGUGGCUAUGCAUGAAGAUAUAAGUCUGAUUUUUAAUCUCUGCCUAUUCUUCACAAGGCAGUCACCUUAAGGGUAUUUGAUCCAUAUUUAUACUAUAUUAGUAGCACAUUUUAGAAGGCAAAUGUAUUAGCUCUUACAUAAGUAAGAACAAAUAUCUUCUUUCUAAAAUGCCUUUUGUUCUUCUGUUGCAUAUAUGGGAUGUGCAGCAAAGAACAGCAAGUUUUUCUCAAAGAAUGGAAGCCUUGGGAGGCUUUAGCGUAAGGCUGUGCAUCUGGAGGCUGCCAUUGAAAAGGCAGCUUCAUGAUUGCAUAGUCAGCUGCUCCUCCCUGUCAUUGAAGUGCUGCUGCAGGGCAGAAGUGAGGCCACGCUAACAGACCUCUCUGGUGAGCCCCAGGCCUGAAGUAGGAGGUAGGUGGCCUUGGGCCUGUGCUUUGCAGUGUGGCUCUCGCUGCACCAGUCCUGUGAUGCUGGAUACUCACUUUUAAGGAGUAGUACACUUAUAUGUCUGCAUACGCACAUGCUUCCCUGAGCUGCUUGUACUGUUUCUGCUGUUCCUGUUGUCACCCCUGCUGCCAGAGUUUUACCAGAGCUGGUCAUGGUGCUUCUCCCAAAACUUAACUGUGUCCUGGGGAUGCUUGUUACACUGGUGAAUUGGCUAUCAGCAGCACUCUUUGUGCCAUAAAGGUCUGUGCCCAAGGGACUGUAGAAGAGGAAGCUUAGAGGGUUUUUAGGGAGACAAAACACUACUCUGAGGUCCCCUUGGACAUCUUUGUCUUUGCCCUUCAGGACUGCAGAUUCCUGCAUUACAGAAGUCAAUGCUUCACAACCCCGGAGGCUGGGCUAUUUCAGUGGGAUGGUGGAUGUCGGUAUAGCACUGAGAAGGAAGGUGACUUGCAAAAUUUUCAGCUAUUCUUUGUGACCUUUGAAAACUAUGACCAAACAGACACCUUCAGUUAUGAUAGUUAAUAGGAUGACUGCCUCAGGCUUUGAAAAAUUAUAUCUCCGUUGUGUCAGGUUUCCCCCUUACGUUAAAAUGCCUCUAUGCUUCUGGUGCCUCUGUAUCCACUAGAUCUACCUCUUCUUUCCACCUAAGCAGGACAAUGAUUGUUUGAGUGGGCAGUUCUUUUAUUUGAUUUUGUCCACUUUAAGCAAUUUGGGACCUGCCUUAUACCUGGUUUUUAAAAGUAGUUUAUUUUUACCAAAUUGCUUCAGCACUGGGAAGGAGUUGUCCUGAGUGUGGGCAUCUGGAUACUUGGGCACUACAACCAGCACAGCAACAGGUAUCUGUAGUAUACUGUGGAAACAGCCUGUGGACUGUCCCUGUUGCUGUGCAGGUGGUGGUGAAUUUUAAGUGUACAGGAGAACAGGCAAGGGAGAAGAUUCAAUGCAGUAUGCCUCCCUCCAUGCCUUCUUCUGUGUGCUGGUUAGAGCUUCUUCCAGCCAGAGCCUGAAGAAGCAGCUUUGGUUCACUGCUUGCUCUUAGUGCCAUGGAGACUUCACAGUAUCUGGAUGGGAAAGCUUUCCUGUCUUGGCUGGGACAGGUAUGGCCUUUCUCAUUACUUCUGUAAGCCUCAUCCUUUAUCACACAAGGUGAAUUAUUAAUGUAUGUGGGGAUCUGGGGAACCCCUCCACAUCAGCUGCUCUGGGGAACCAGCUCCCCAAAGCUUCUCUCUGUUUGCAAUCUGCCUCCUAAAGCAUCUCCUGAAAUAGAGGGCCUCAGCUGUACUGGCAUUUACAGACGUAAACUUAACUGCCUUAUCCUCAAAUGGAAACUUGAAGCCACCCUUGUAUAUAUUCCUUUCUUUACUAUUUUUGUUUUUAAAAAAAUAAAAUCAGAAGCCAUGAAAUGCUAGCUGAUGAGCUGUCCUGGGAAAGGGAUAGUAUGUGCAUAUCCUGUCCUUUGGGAUCCUCAGCCUGAUGGUAGGUGCAAGAAGGCACAAGGAGUGGGUGUACAGCACUCAUGUCAAGUGACUGAAAGAAGCAGCUCAAUUUUAAUAAGAUUUUUCAAUCAGAAAACAAAUCUUGGAUGGGGAACAACUCAGUUAUUUAAAAGCAAGUAAAAAAUUAACUAACAAAUUACAGCAGUAACAGUAAUUUUUCUACCAAAGUAAUGAAACUGGCAACUGCAAUAGAGAGGCAUGUUACACUACACCUGUCUUCAGGCCUAUUAAUGUAUGGAAGCCACACCUGGAUGUUAUUCAGGUCCCCUUUGUUGUUGCUGUGGUGAUGAGGUGACUUACAGAGCCUGACUGGAGCUGUGCGCAGCAUUACCGAUGCCUAUGAAAUUCUGUAAACAUGUUGACAUUGGUGGUUUCUAAUUCAAUAGCUAUUUUUGUUAAAUAAAAAUACUCUGAGAUA